AUGGCGGCGGCGACGGACCGUGGGGAGGAGCCGACGACCUUGGAGGGAGCACCCCCGGCCGCCGCCGUGUCCUAUUUCCUGGGCAUCUUCCAGAACAGCCAUCCGAGCCUCGGCAUUCGGAAUGCCCGCGAGGCCCGCACCUUGUGCAAAGCCUUGGAUCUCUUGGCGGCCAAGGCGUACGGGCAGGCUGCCGACUUGCUCGCCCAGCGGCUCAAAGCGGUGGAGCAAGCCACCGUGGACGGGCACUGGGGGAAGGCAGGGUGGCUGGAACUCCUUCCCCCCGAAGGCACUACGCUGGUGGACAGAGAGGAGGACGCAAUGGAGGCCGCCCUUGACAUCGAAGAUUGGCGGAAGAACCUCUGGGGAGAGACUCCUCUCGCGGUCUCGGGCGCACAGAUGGGGAGGUGGCUGCGGGGGGCGCUGGUUUCCAUGCCAUCCGCCUUGGGCCAGUACGUCCGCACCGCUGCACUUCGGCCCAGCCGGAGCCACAAUGGCGCGCAGCGCUCCCUGUUGCCGCUUCCCGUGACGCCGCUCGAGGAGAUGGUGCGGCCGCGCGCUCUCGAGCUCUCGGUUGACCCCGGCCUGGCUGUUGACUGGACCUGGGUGGUGGUGAUGCUGAUUAAUUUCUUGGGCUCCGGGAUGGCUGCGGAGCCGGGGAAGGAAUCGAGUUCCUCCCAGUUGGGCCGGGGGCCAGUCCCAGACGGGCCAUUGGGCCCCCUCCAUAGGCAGGCGCUUGAGAGGCUAGUGACCCAGGUGCUGUGGUUCUUGGCCGAGGAUGACGUGGACGACUGGGGGGCUAAGUACGCCGAGGCUCGGCGGCGGAAGUACACCUACGAGGGAGAGACCAUCAGCGUGAGGAGGGAGCUGAUAGCCAACAAGGUUAUCCCUACGUGGCCGGCUCCUGGCUGCGCCGCGGUUCACCCGGCCGCCGAUUUCCUCGAAGACCCCCUCCGGGAGCGAUACCUCGACCCGUACAGCGGCGGAGGGCUUGAGCUUCGCUUCAUCACCAUUAUGACGCCGGUGAACCAGUUCAUGGCCACGCUGGAGGGGGACGCGAAUAAGCUGCCAUACCUGGGCCAUGCACUUUUGAUUAUCCUCGGAAGCUGCGAGGAGGCGCUCGUGGACAGCGAGGAUUUCGAGAGCUGCUUUAACUUGUUCGUGCAGCCCCUGGCUUGGCGCGGCUUCACAGCAUACGAGCGCAUGGUCAGUGGCUUUGUGAAGGGCCCCGACUGCUCGGACUUCCGCGUGGGUAUCCGCACGGUCCCCAUGGGCUACAGGGGGGCCGUCGAUUUGGUCCAGCUCUUGGUCCGACGCCUGGUUUUUGUCCGAGCUGGAGUGGCCCCGGAGACGGAAGUGGCAAAGGGCAGCCUCUUCCCGACGGGCCCUGACUACUCGAUGGUGGUGCUGGACUCGUUCGACUACGUACGCGUGCUGGACAAGGCCCUGGCAGGGAGUGAGCUUGAGCGCGAAUCCCCCGAGCACGCGCGCUUCGUGGGGGUGUGCCGGGAAUUGGGACUCCCACUCAACGUUGGCAAGCGGCUUGUGGGCAGCUACCGGGCCACCAUCCAGGGGGGCGAGUCCGAUGGGAAGCUGGGGCUGUAUGCCCAUGCCCGGAGGCGGAGCCGACAUGCCAUUAGGCUCUCCAUGGGGAUGCUCAUGGACUCCGCCUGGACCGAGGGAGUUGUACGGCACUGGGGAGGCCUAGCGUGCUAUGCCGCCUCCUAUCGCCGGCCGUUGUAUUCGGUACUCCAGGACAUCUUCCGCCUGCUGGAGUGCCCCGGGGAGCUCAAAACGCCGAACCUGCAGGUCCUCACCGAGAUCAUCACUUUUGCGGGCUUGCUGCCGAUGGCCGCCGGGAGCUUGAGGGCGGAGGUGUACGAGCAUAUCUCAAUUACCGACGCCUCUCCCACCGGAGGCGGCGCCGCGGCCCCCUACCCUUGCCCGGCGAGGUGCGGGUACGCGGCCGGAGGCUUGGAGGAGCUUCUUGCGCAUCGGCGGAAGCCUGAAGGGCCAGAUACCGGGCCCUGCUGCCAGGCGUUGGAGCUGGGUUCAUUCCCUACGUUUGUGGAAGUAUUCUCGGGGACCAGCGCCAAGCUCACCAACGCGGUCGCGAAGACUGGGGUAGAGGUGGCGCCGCCGUACGACGCGCGUCGCCCAGGCAUGCCGGACUUCCUGGAGCCGGCGGGGGCCGAGUACGUCCGCAAGUUGGUGGAGAAGCCUCCCAUCCUCUGGGAGCACUGGGCGCCAGGGGUCCGACUCAUGCUCAAGGACGCGCGCUCCCCCGCCGUGCGAGGCCGCCGGCAUCCCAGAGGAUUGCCGUGGCUGCGGGGGCGCACCCUGGACCGGGUCCGGGAGUCCAACAAGAUAGCCGACGCUGCCCUCGCUCGAGUUGGACGCCGGGCGGAUAGCUGGGGAGUGAGUGUGUUGGAGCACCCCUGCAGGAGCUGGCUAUUCCGUUUCCCCUUGGCUCGGCGCCUUGCGCGGCAAAAGGGGAUUUACCUCACGCAGUGCUGGGUUCGAGGUUUUGGGGGGCGCCGGAACCAGGUUUCGGUGCUGCUCCACAAUUGCCCGGCGCUGCACGUCCGGUUCCACUCGGAGGACGGGCCGGGGCUCGAGGGACCCUUUGCGACUCGCCAGGCCCAGGCAGGCCCUCGAGGCGAUCAGCUGGAGGACGGCUACCCGGAGGAGUUCUGCGCCGCGUACGCGGACGUCGUCCAGUAUGUCUUCCUCGAGCUAGGCGGCUACUUGUUCCCGCGGGAGCUCACGGCCCAGGCGCAGUGGCUCCGGGACCAGCUCCAGGGCGCCAGCAGACGCCUGGCGGAGGAGAUUGUCAACAACGCGGUGGCUGACGAGCUUCACGCGUUCCUCAAGAACAUGCGCCAGGGCCAGGAGGUGGAGCACCUUCGGGACCUGUACCGUAGGAUCGAUCAUCGAGGCUCGGACGUGCAGCUGUGGGCCGGAGAACUCCACAGGGCGUCCAGGCAGGUGGUGGCUUUCCUGAACCACGUGACCGAGGCGGCGCAAUCGCGCCGGUUCCUGGGGAAGCAAUUCUUCCACGUCGUCGAUAGCCAGGUGGCGGCCGCAGUGGUCGCCAAAGGUCGCUCGUCUUCUCGAUCUCUCAACUCGCAGCUCCGGAAGCUGGCGGGGCUUAUCCUUGCAGGUGACAUCUACCCGUUGAUGGUGUGGACGCUUUCUGGUUGGAACUUCGCGGAUGGGCCCAGCCAGGAUGCGCAGCAAUUAGAUUAUGAGGUGUCCGAGUUCAUGAACCAUUUGUGGCUCGACGAUCACCCGGAGGGCAUGGCCACCGAUAUACUUUCAGCCUUGGGCCGCUUCUUGCCUAGGGCGCGUAACCAAUUACCCAUAAGCAGGUUCUACGUGACGAAUUGGCGGCGCAGCGUGCAACGAGUCCGAGCCCUACCUAUUACGAAUCUUAUGGUUUGUGGCAUGGCGGGGUUCGCGCUCCUUGACCAGGACUUCGGGUUCGCCGCCGCCAUUCUCGCCGGCUUCGCCGGUUUACUUCGUACUUCAGAGGUCGUCAAUUUACAAUUCCAGGACAUUAUGUACUUAGGUGAUCACGGGGGGGCCAUCCUGGUCCCGCGGGGCACCAAAUCCGGCCAGCGCUACAACAUUCACGAAAAGGUGUGGCUCCAAGAAGCUUCGGUGAUUGCUGCAUUGAAGUUGGCCUCGUAUCGCGGGGACUCUGGCCGGGUCUUCGGCGGUACCCCCCGGGAGUUUCGGUUGGCCUUUCGACGUUACGGCGCACGGGCCGGUCUUCCUCUCGAUCAGCUGACACCAUAUGCUCUUCGCCGUGGAGGCGCAACCUGGCAUUACCAAACGUUUCAUAGCAUCUCCCGGACUACACUGUACGGCAGGUGGAAGAAUGAACGUACAGCCAAGAUUUACGCUGACCAGGCUCUCGCGCAGCAGACGGAGUUUGAACUUCCUGAUCGAGGGGGCAGGUUGCUCACGAGAGCUUCUCAGAUAGCCUUGGAUCUCUUGGCCUGCAGCCCUGAACGUGCAUACGCCCUGCUGGAGCAGUAG